AUGAGAGCCCAAGAGAUACUGUCCAACUUGGACAAAAGUGUGGAGGAGGGAUCAGACGAGACUUACCCGAAUCCUUAUGAGGACGAGAUAUCUAAGGGCGAGGACCUUGCAGGGAAGCAGUUUGCCUCUGCAUCGUCCAAAAAGGCUCUGACAACUGAGCUAUCAGACCUGGCAGGGUCAGGCGAACUACUGGACGCUAAGGCAACCCCGGUAUUUGGCCCAGAUGACCUACGCCACCCACGCUCCGCAGAGUGA